CCGAACGAGCCGGCUUGGCUUGGCUUGGCUUGUCAAUUGAUCUCCACGAUCCGAGCCGAGCCGAGCCGAAAAAAAAGUGGCUCGGCUCGAGCCGGUGGCAAUCCAAGCCAAGCCGGCUUAUCGGAGCUUUAG